UUCUGCGUGUCCUAUUCAAGUUUUGCCCUUAACUAUCCUGGUCCCUCCACUAUUGCGGACUAGCGCGUGUACUCGCUUCGUGCGAGGAACCCCCGCUUACAUAUAUGAGGUCAAGCAUGUCACUCGUGCUGACCAACCUUGCCCACUGCAACAAGGAUUAGCGAAGAGGUUCAGUUCAACUAUGUCCGUCAGUCCCAGGGCGACAUACGUCUUCAAAAGAUUCGGCGACAAAAUCCCUAUCGAACUUGACGUCUACGUUCCCUCUACAAUAGAUGCACAAGGCAAGCCUCUACCUGUACUGAUAUGGUUCCACGGUGGAGGUCUGCUGCAAGGUCACCGAGGACGUCUGGCUGCUCAUAUGAUCAACGGCGUCUCCAAAUACAACCAUAUCUUGGUAUCCCCAGACUACCGCCUUGCGCCCCAAGUGCGCAUGCCUGAAAUAGUCUCCGAUGUAGCGGACGCCAUUAAGUUCAUAGGCGAAGAGCUCCCGGUGAAGCUGCAAGAGGACGCGAAGGUGACGGUGGACAUCAACAGAGUUGCGACAUGCGGCAGUUCUGCGGGUGGCUGGCUCAGCUUGUUGGCUGCCCUUUAUAUCAAGGCGGAUAUCAAAGCCUGCACGGCAAUUUUCCCAAUUACUGACACUCGCGCCGCGUUUUGGACCACACCGCAGUGGCCGAGGGGCGUUCCCAAGAUUGAAACGGAGAAGGUCGCUCCAUAUUUGAAGCACGACGCUCCUGUCAUGACUAAUAACACGCCCGACAUGAAUCGCGGUUCUAUGUACGAUUACAUGCUUCAGAACGCAAUUCUCAACGACCUACUCUACGACUCGACGACCCCUCCUGCUGAGGCAUAUGCGAUCUCCGUUCUCGUUCGGUCGUACCCUCCUGACAAAGCUUUGCCGCCCAUCUACAUCACCCACGGAGAUGACGAUGAUAAAGUCGAAGUGGCGCAGAGUCGUGAAGUCGUGGAAGCCUUGAAGGAGAGGGAUCCGGGGGGAGAGGGGGACAGGUGGGUCUAUGAGGAGGUACCAGGUAAGAAUCACGGGUGGGACGGCGACGAGGGGGACGAGAUGACAGGCCUAUAUGCUUUCUUAAAGAAGUGGGUGUAAAUAAUAUCUUGUUCUUUUUGAGCAGCGUGAACUUAAACAACCCGAUACAUACACUCUGGGCUUUGGCGCGAA